GAAUGCUUUGGGCAGACUCGGGAAGAAGCAAUUGCUGGGUCACUGGAGGAGGCACGUUCCAUGGGAAACGGUACGAGCAGACUCUAUAGUGCUCUCGCCAAGACACUGAUCAGCAGCCGUGCCUCCCAGCAUUCAGAGUAUUUGGAGUCAACUGACCCAGAACAUCUGGAGCCCAUUGAUCCUAAAGAGCUCCUUGAGGAAUGCAGGGCAGUCCUGCACACUCGACCUCCCCGGUUCCAAAGGGAUUUUGUGGAUCUGAGGACAGAUUGCCCCAGUAGCCACCAGCCUAUUAGAGUCAUGCAGUGGAACAUCCUCGCCCAAGCUCUUGGAGAAGGCAAAGACAACUUUGCACAAUGCCCUAUUGAAGCACUCAAGUGGGAAGAAAGGAAAUGUCUCAUCCUAGAAGAAAUCCUAGCCUACCAGCCCGAUAUAUUGUGCCUCCAAGAGGUGGACCACUACUUUGACACCUUCCAACCACUCCUCAGCAGACUGGGCUAUCAAGGCACUUUUUUCCCCAAGCCCUGGUCCCCUUGUCUGGAUGUAGAACAUAAUAAUGGACCAGAUGGCUGUGCCUUGUUUUUUCUCCAGAACCGAUUCAAGCUGAUCCACAGUUACAAUAUUAGGCUGACAGCCAUGAGAUUGAAAACCAACCAGGUGGCCAUUGCACAGACCCUAGAGUGCAAGGAGUCAAGUCGACAGUUAUGCAUCGCUGUCACCCACUUAAAAGCACGCACUGGCUGGGAGCAGCUUCGGUCAGCUCAAGGCUGUGACCUUCUCCGGAACCUGCACAACAUCACCCAAGGAGCCAAGAUUCCCCUUAUCGUUUGUGGGGACUUCAAUGCAGAGCCAACGGAGGAGGUCUACAAACACUUUGCUUCCUCUAGUCUCAACCUGAACAGCGCCUACAAGCUCCUGAGUGCUGAUGGGCAGUCGGAACCUCCAUAUACUACCUGGAAGAUCCGGACCUCAGGAGAGUACCGGCACACCCUGGACUAUAUCUGGUAUUCUAAACAUGCUCUAAGUGUGAGGUCAGCUCUUGAUUUGCUCACUGAAGAACAGAUUGGGGCCAACCGGCUACCAUCCUUCAAUUAUCCUUCAGACCACCUGUCUCUAGUGUGUGACUUCAGCUUUAAUGAGGAACCUGAUGGACUUUCAUAAACCCUUACGGUUUUUUUUAAAUCACCAAUCUUAACCAGGGAUGUUUCAGGACACUGAAAUAGAAUGAGAAGUUGCCUAAGGAAGGAAUCCCAGUUUCUCUCACUUUACUUUCCAUGUGUCCAGCAUGCCCUUGGGAAGGAAUCCCACUAGUUCACAAACCUUUUCCAUUAAAACCUGCAGUGAAAAAGGUGUUUUGCACUCCAGUUUUGGCUUGUAUUGUUUUCUUUCCCCCUAGCAUUACAUUUAGAUCAAUUAAGGGCAUUAAAUUAGGCUUGUUUUGACGCUUUCAGUUUGAUGAUGCUAUAUAAAAAUACUUUGAGUCUUCCAUAAUUAACAAGUAUGCAGGAGCAAUUUCUCUAGACAGUAUUUCAAGUUAUUUGUGGUUUUAAAUGUCAAGAUAUGCAUGGCAAUAUUUAUUUUUUAUAUCUUCAUGUAAAACUAAUAAAUUACAGCAUAAACAUUUUUAAACCAUGCAAAUCAUAAGUUAUAGAGUAAUUUAUAGUAAUUUUCUUAAGGCUUUAAGAUGUUUUUGAGGUCUAACAAAGUAGUAGUGUACAAAGGAACUGUUUAGCCUGGAGGCCCCGGGUUUAUUGUUUUUUUUUAAGUGGAAAUAGCUGGUCUUGAUAAGUUCUUCAUAAUAAUUCUUGCUGUGCCUCCAUGUUCCCCAUUAUUGUAUUUCUUGAAGAGAUUCCAUGACCGGCCAGUCUUCAAUCACAUAUGCAUUUAUAGUUUUCCAUUGGAAUGUCAUUCAGUGUCAUGAUUUGCAUUGGAAUGUGCUUUUCACAAUAGGUUAUUUAGCUGUUAGGUGGCAGUGGCUAAUAAAGUCAGUGGGACCUUCUUUUCAGAGAUGGGAAACUAGAAAGCCUAUUUACAAGGCUGUCAUUGCAAUUUCCUCAGAUAGCCAGGUGAUUGGUUCAAAGCGUCUACAAAGAAUGUAAAAGAUAACCUGGAAUUCUCUUUCACUGGGAAAGUAGUCAAGAUAACAGGUGAAGCCCCUUCUAAACAAAAUCCCAACAAAUAACCUAUUGGUAAUAAAUCAAUGAGUAUGUCUGUGAAUUAAAGUUGUAUAUAUUUAGAUUAAUAAAUGGUCUCUUAAAAUAGUA